AUGAGACUGUUUGUUCCACUUUGUGUGUUCCUACACACGGUAAGUGUCAUAGCUACAUCAUGGAAACAGUGCCGGAACGGUCACAGGGGCUUCGUGGCUCCAGCAUCUUCUUUGCGAGUAGUGUAUAGCGUCGAUAAAGCGAAGUGCCUCAAGAGGAUUCAGGCCAGAGCCGAAGUGAAGUCGACACUGCCGGAUUCUGCCUCACCAAACGCCGUAAAGCCGGGAUUACACUGGGAUCGCAUCCUUCUUAACACGUGGAAGGAUCACGGAGCUAGCAUUGUUCUGGGUACCAUCUACGGCAUACGGAUAUUCAGGUUCAUGCUUCACAUCCGCAACCUCUUGGAGUGGCUGCCUCAGGCUAACCCCUACCUUUUCCCAUUCGAUGCCAUCUACCAGGCAACUAACGCAUACGUGAAGUUCUUCCAACUCCUGAUACCUCCAUUCUACGGCGUGGACAUCAGCGGCAUGGUCGCAUUCUUCGUACUGGAGCGCAUAGAGUAUUUGCUUGCCCACAAACCCGGGGUAGCUCAAGUGGCAUUGAACUAA